ACGUGACUCUCUCGAAAGCGUUUAAAAGGGUCGCCGCAGCGUCCAGAAUAGAACAGAGCACCUGCGGACUGCUUUUAGCGGACUGCUUUCGGAGGAAGUUAUUUUUCCCUACUGUAAACACUUUUAUUCGUAGACACUUCAUACAUUUUUGUUUAAGACUUUGGAGUAUGUUUUUGAUCCGUACGGGUUCUAAACGUUUCUUUAUGGAAGAACGUGGCAACAAAAUUCAAGUUGAAAGUCAUUUCAACGAGAGAGAUACUUUCAGAGAAUCUUGAAGUUCUCAUCCAAACCGGUUAGGGUGGAGUUCACUUAUCUUGUGUUCACUUCAUUGGUUUUCAACACAUUCCAUUUGACCUUUACGCUCCUGCAAAUAAACAUGGUUGGAUUCAGAGCUGGUGAUGUGCCUCCUACAGCCACUGUGAAGUUUAUUGGUGCAGGAACUGCAGCCUGCAUUGCAGACCUCUUCACAUUUCCACUGGACACCGCAAAAGUUAGACUUCAGAUUCAGGGGGAGAUCAAAAGUCCCGUGAACACAAGCCAUGGUCCGGUGAAAUAUCGUGGAGUAUUUGGCACGAUCAGCACCAUGGUGCGUGUCGAGGGGCCGCGCAGUCUCUACAGCGGGCUGGUUGCAGGACUGCAGCGUCAGAUGAGCUUUGCCUCUGUACGCAUUGGCCUCUACGAUUCCGUCAAGCAGUUCUACACCAAAGGCUCAGAUCAUGUUGGGAUUGGCAGUCGGCUGAUGGCUGGCUGUACGACUGGAGCCAUGGCAGUGGCUCUGGCCCAACCCACCGAUGUGGUGAAGGUACGAUUUCAGGCUCAGAUCAGCGCCGGGGCCAGUAAACGUUACCAUGGUACUAUGGAUGCAUAUCGGACCAUUGCAAAGGAAGAGGGGUUUCGUGGUUUGUGGAAAGGAACGGGCCCAAACAUCACCCGCAAUGCCAUCGUAAACUGUACUGAGCUGGUUACCUAUGACCUUAUCAAAGACGCACUUCUAAAAUCAUUACUAAUGAAUGAUGAUCUUCCCUGCCAUUUCACAUCUGCAUUCGGAGCUGGUUUCUGCACUACAGUUAUUGCUUCUCCUGUUGAUGUAGUGAAGACAAGAUACAUGAACUCUGCCCCGGGCCAGUACAGCAGUGCCCUCAACUGUGCUGUAGCCAUGCUAGCUAAAGAGGGACCAAAGGCUUUUUACAAGGGAUUCAUGCCAUCAUUCCUGAGGCUGGGCUCCUGGAAUGUGGUUAUGUUUGUCACCUAUGAACAGCUGAAACGGGCCCUGAUGGCUGCACGCCAUAACUGGGUCACUCCUCUUUAAGCAGUGAAUGCAGUUAGUUGAGCUUAGCUGAUGUGCUCUUUCAAUGUUUUUAGGUUUUCCGUAAGAAUGGUUUACAUGUCUAGUAAAAACUUUUUAAUUUAAUUUUGGCUUUUACUCUUUAUUCUUGUCUGUCUUUUGCCAAUAAAAUGAGGCUCUUAAAAAAACGCCAAUUUAAAACUCUAA